AUGAAUCAUUUAAGAGGUUUUGUUUUAAAGAAUAGAUCUUCAUUGGUUGGUCAACAAUCGCUGUUGAACGGUAGUGGUUUGGUACAAACAAAGAGAUUCUAUCAUGAACGUGUUUUAGAUCACUACAACAACCCAAGAAACAUUGGAUCGUUCGAUAAGAAAGACCCGAGCGUCGGUACUGCCACCGUUGGUGCACCGGCUUGUGGUGACGUCAUGAAGAUUCAGAUCAAGGUCAAAGACAACGUUAUUCAAGACGUCUGUUUCAAAACAUUCGGUUGUGGCUCUGCCAUCGCCAGUAGCUCGCUCGCUACCGAGUGGGUCAAGGGAAAGACAUUGGAUCAAUCUCUCGAAAUCAAAAACACAGACAUCGCCAAGCAUCUCUCAUUGCCACCAGUCAAAAUGCAUUGCUCAAUGCUUGCCGAGCAAGCUAUCAAGCAUGCCAUCUACGACUACAAGAUGAAACUCGAGAAACAAGCUACCUGUGAACAACCAGCUCCAUCCGAAACUCAACAAUAA